AUGAUCGGUUUUCUGCAGUAUUCAUUGAAGAGGGAAGACGGAUCAGUAGCCAAAGAGAAUGCUGAACAGGCGGAGGAGCUGCUUAAAACGUUCUUCCCGCCAUUGCCCGCACGGAUUGAAGAAGAAGUCCGACGACCGCACCGCGAGGCUUUGUCAAUGCCGGAGCUUACGCUGGAAGAAAUCGAGGAGAAGAUAAUGGCGGCGAAGCCUUGGAAGGCCCCAGGAGAGGAUGGCUUGCCGGCAAUGGCCUGGCGACCAAUAUCCCUUUUGUCAACACUAGGCAAGAUAAUGGAAGCAGUUAUCGCAGAAAGGAUAUCCUACGCUGUUGAGGCUUGUGGACUUUUGCCCGCAAACCACUUCGGAGCGAGAAAGAGACGGUCAGCUGAGCAAGCGCUCUUGCUUCUGCAGGAACACAUAUACAAGGCAUGGAGGGCCGGAAAGGUGCUGAGCUUGAUAAGCUUUGACGUGAAAGGCGCUUACAAUGGUGUGUGCAAAGAGCGCCUGCUGGAAAGGAUGAAGGCGAGGGGCAUACCAGACAGACUAGUCCGUUGGGUAGGCGCCUUCUGUUCAGAUAGGACAGCCUCUGUGGUAGUAAAUGGAUAUGCGUCUGAACGCCGGGUGUUAGCCCAGGCCGGCCUGCCGCAGGGGCCACCGUCAUCGCCAAUAGCGUUCCUGUUCUUCAACGCAGACUUGGUGCAAGGAAAGAUCAACGCUAAUGGUGGUUCAAUCGCCUUUGUGGACGACUAUACGGCUUGGGUGACGGGACCGACCGCAGAGGAAAACCGAGCGGGCAUUCAGUCAAUCAUUGACGAUGCGCUCAAGUGGGAGGCACGCAGCGGCGCAACAUUUAAAGCAAACAAAACGGCAGUGAUUCACUUCACGAGGACUGCUUCGCGGUCCAGUGACGACGCAUACCUGAUAAAAGGAAAAGAGGUCAAGCCGAAAAGUAGUGUGAAGGUCCUAGGGGUAGUUAUGGACACGAACCUGCGGUACAAGGAACACAUGACCAGAGCGGCUGCCAAAGGCCUCGCGGCUGCCCUAUGCUUGAGGAGAUUGAAGAUGCUUUCACCUCGAACGGCUAGACAACUUUUUGUGUCGACCGUCGCACCUGUCGUAGACUACGCGUCGAGUCCCAUGGUCAUGGGGAGAAAAGAGUCGUCACCAUUGGCACCGACAUUCAUGGUCUCUGCACCGGGGAAAGUCAUAGUAUUCGGCGAGCACGCCGCCGUGUUUGGCAAGCCUGCUAUUGCCGCAGCCAUCUCCCUCAGAUCCUAUCUCCUCGUAACCACCCUCUCAAAGUCCCAACGCACCGUUAAGCUGAAUUUCAAAGACAUUGGUUUAAAUCAUACAUGGAAAAUAGACACCCUACCAUGGGACAUUUUCCAUGAACCAGAGAAGAAAAAGUUUUAUUACUCUCUCGUCGACUCCCUUAACCCCGAAUUACUUAAAGCUGUUAUACCGCAUGCAGAGGCAGUAUCCAAGCAUCUUCCAGAAACGCAGCGAAAAAUUCAUGUACGAUCUGCAACCGCCUUCCUCUACCUUUUCCUUUCAUUAGGCUCCCCGCUAAGCCCUGGGUUUAUUUACACUUUGCGAUCCACCAUUCCAAUUGGUGCCGGUCUGGGUAGCAGCGCCAGCGUUUGCGUCUGCCUGAGUGCAGCGCUGCUCCUUCAAAUACGGACUCUUGCAGGUCCACAUCCUGACCAGCCUGCCGAAGAAGCCCAGGUACAGAUUGAGCGUAUCAGUCGUUGGGCAUUCGUGGGCGAGUUAUGCAUACAUGGAGAUCCCAGUGGAGUGGAUAAUGCGGUCUCUGCGGGUGGAAAGGCUGUGAUUUACCAAAGAAACUACUCCGGACCGCCAUCUGUCACUCCUCUCACUAAGUUCCCAAAACUACCGCUCCUCCUCGUUAACACUCAACAACCCCGAUCAACAGCUACACAGGUGGAUAAACGCAUCCGCGAGCUCGUGGAUUAUGCAGAUAUCGGCUGGACUAAACUUACUGGUGCUGGAGGUGGUGGAUGUGCUAUCACACUUUUCCGACCGGAUGCCAAGGAUGAAACAAUUAAAGGGCUAGAGACGAAGUUCACUGCCGAAGGAUUUCAGAAAUAUGAGACUAUCCUAGGCGCCGACGGAGUUGCGGUGCUUUGGCCCGCUGUAUUUAGAAAUAACAUUAGUGGAGAGGGAGGUGAAGAGAUCGAUCAAGAAAUAUUUGAGAAUGCUGUUGGUGUUGAAGGUAUCGAACAACUGGUUGGAGUAGGGGCGCGUGAGGAUCGGGAAGGAUGGAAAUUCUGGACCCGAGCUGUUUAA